AUGUAUAGGCCAACCUCCAGAAAUGAAUGGUGGUUAUGCGCCGCCCUUCUCACCCAAGCCACCCUCGUCAUCGCUCUUGAAAUAUAUAUUCUCGUGGAAUGGCAGAAAUGGGUAACCCCGACCAUCACACAAGUGCCCGUGUCCUACCUGAUCCCCAUCGGCCUGGGCAUCCUUGCAUUUGCCUGUGUCUAUCAGUUCAUUCUCGCCCUGGACGCAAUCCACAACAAGAACAACAUCCUGCUAUUCGCAAUAUGCAUCGCCAAUCUGUGUAUUGUCGCAUAUGCAGGUCUGCAGUGUACAACGAUGCAGGAGACAACCGCCAGACUCUACAGAGAUCGUUUCUUUUUUCCAACCCUGGUUGAUACCACCCGGAAUGUGUGGCCGAGAAUCCAGCCGGCUGAGAUUCUUGUUCCCAUUAUCCUUGCCGUUUCGUCUUUUGUACUCUGGCCCUGUGCGUACUUUAUGCAUCGGGAUUAUGCAUGGGCUAUUUAUAAGUGUGUCCAUGGGAAUUCGGAGACUCGGAUGCGAUACAUGGCCUACGAGGUCUACCUAGUUCUGAUCAAACUCGACUUCUUUUUCCUGAUUGGAUUCAUCGUCCAGUAUAACCUGAUCGACGUCCACUUCGAAGAGCCCGAGUACAGCCUGACCAUGGCCAUCAUCCCAGCCGCAUUCAUCGUCAUGGUCCUGGGUAUCUACUUCGUGCAGCAUGAAAUCAUCCUCGGCAUCGUCCCAGUCAUUGUCUCCUACAUGGCCCUCGUCGCCUACUUCGUCAGUCGACUGAUCGUCCUCAAUGGGAGUGGAAUGCGGGCCAACACAACCGGGAAAGAUAUGAUGCAGCUGUUUGCCUAUGUGUCUUUGGUACUGACAGUCGCUUUGCUCGUCUGCUCGGUACUCUGCUUGAUCAAUUUCAAUCACGGUCUUAAGGGGGUCAACAAGGGAAUCAACAAAGCGGCGCGCGAGACAUACAUGCUGCAUAGUGAGGGUUAUUCCGCUACCGACCAGUGGCCUGGUGCCCAGCAGCGUUCCUCGCGAAUGUCUCUGUAA